AUGGCUCGUACAAAGCAGACAGGUAGUAAAGCACUGAGGAAGCAACUGGCUACAAAAGCCGCUCACAAGAGUGAGCCCUCUACCAGGGGGGUGAAGAAGCCUCACCGUUACAGGCUUGGUACUGUGGCACUCCGUGAAAUUAGGCGCUAUCAGAAGUCCAAUGAACUUCUGAUUCACAAACUUCCCUUCCAGUGUCUGGUGCAAGAAAUUGCUCAGGACUUCAAAACAGAUCUGUGCUUCCAGAGCGUAGCUAUUGGUGCUUUGCAGGAGGCAAGUGAGGCCUAUCUGGUUGGCCUUUUUGAAGAUACCAACCUGUGUGCUAUUCAUGCCAAACGUGUAACAAUUAUGCCAAAAGACAUCCAGCUAGCACGCUGCAUACAUGGAGAACGUGCUUAAGAAUCCACGAU